AUGGAGUUGCCUCCUCCGGGAAACCGGAGGGUUUCCAUCAGUAACCCUCAAGAGACACCCCACAGGUUUUCCACCGCCCAUAGCAUGAUGCCCGCCCGCUCGUCUAUGGUCUCCUCCAUUGGCUCCCCGAAGCCCCACGCCUUGCCUGAUGCCCGCAAGUCUUCCAUCCCGAGCAGUGUGCCAGGCGGGUCCAUGCUGCCCAGUUCCAUGCCCCAGAAGAACGCCCUCCUCCUUCCGGAUGCCACCGCGCAGCAGCGCAGAGGAUCCACCGUCUCCUCCGUGCGCUAUGCCGACGAACAAGCCAAGCAAGUGGCCUCGGACAAAGAGAAGGACAAGGAGAAAAAGGGCAAGAGCAAAGGCAAGAGCAAGGGCGCAGGACUGCUGAACAUGCUAAGAAAAACUCUUCAAGGGUCUCAGAGUGAAGAAAUGGUAGUAACAAGUGAAACACCAAAUUUGGUACCGUUUGGAGAUGUGGUCGGCUGCCUGGCUGUUCACAUAAAGAGUUGUCGACAGUUUUCUCACAGAUUCAUUGUACAACAACACGUUAAUCUGUUCAUUCGUAUCUGUAUAAAUCACGUCACGAAAUGCACGAAACUCCGGAACUUGAAAGCCACCACCAACGAAAAGAAUUUUGUACUCAGGUUUGACGAAGUGAAGUAUUUUUCUGUACAGGUUCCCAGACGUCAAGAUGAUGAGAGGAAUAAUAUUUUUUUGGAGCUAAUGCAAGAUGGAGGAAGUACAGAGAGACCCGCCCUUUCCUUGGGCAGUGUUGAAGCACAUCUUUACGAAAUAAUACAGAAAGGCUGCUUCACCGAAGUCCUGCAAAUGAAGCACAGAAACUCGUCUAUCUGCAGGGUGGAAGUGGAGUUCAUGUUUUCCUACGGAACCUUUGGCUAUGGAUUUUCACAUCAGCUAAAACCUCUUCAAAAAAUCAUCGAGCCAUCGAUGUUUAUGAAGAUCGCCCCUCCUCCAGAAAGGACAGACCCUGUCACAAACGUUAUUACCCCGCAACGAGUCGAAUACCCAGCCUUCUUAUCCCCAGAACUUAACGUUUCCAUCGGGGCUGCCGAAAGCAGCCAUCCGAACGCCGUGCGACUCGAAAAACUCCAGGAGAAACCCCGGGAGAGGUUGGAAAAAAUGAAAGAGGAAUAUAAAAAUCUAAACACAUGGAUGGAAAAAUCUGAGUAUUUAAGAAAUCUUAUUACUCCAAAAGUGGCUUCCAGAGUUUCAGAGGAACCUAGUUUGAAAGAACUAUCUGAAGUAAAUUCUAGUCUGUUCGAAGAUAUGUAUGGAAGUAUAUCAUAUGGUUUCAAUCACAGAAAAUCUGAACAUAUUUCACAUGAGUUUGUGGACAAGGGCGAUAAGGAAGGCCGGGGAAUACCAGUUGUGAAACUGGUGGACCAAGAUUACUCAGAGCACACUCUUGCUGAAAGUGUGGAAUCCACACCGGGAGAUAUCCCGCUGCCCCCUAUCCACACCCUGCAGAUAAUAGAGGAAGAUGAGGCACCACGCAGCGCACAAGCAGCUCCGGAGUGGGACACGCCCUACGAAGAGAGGAAAAGUGUAGUGUUUCCACCGGAUCACAGUCUAAUCCCCAAACGUCCCAGCGUUUUAAGAAUAGCCUCAUCUCUGCAGGAGGUAAAGUCGAGUUUACCCAUAAACCCAGAGAGCGUGAGGAGGAGGAGGAGUUAAGGAGUCUUUCCAAAAGAAUGAGGCG